UGUACCAAACGACCAGUCCAAGAAGUUAGCACUAAUAAGAGUUGUGUGCAGCUUCAACUCAUCCUCGCCUCAUAGAGAAGAACCGUACACUUUUCUUAUCCAGAACAUGUCAGCAUCUCUCUGCACUGAUCUUUACUACGAACAUGCUGUUAUCAACGAUCAGACGUUUGGCAUCCAGGCUGUCUCAGAGCUGGACAUUUUCCCGUUUGACGGCAACUUGUACAUCCCCAGUUACGUCGCCAUCAACGACUUCAAAAUGACCCACUCUCGGCUAAGAACCUUCCUGACCAUCACAGAGUCCAUCAACAUCUCAUUCAGCGACCUCGCGGACGGUUCCUCGAAGCUCAAGUCGUUCGUCCAGUCCUGCGUGCGCCAGACACGAAUCUGGGGUUUCGACGGGAUUAACAUCAAAUGGAGGAGACCUCCAAGGCUGGGCUCGUUGGUGCGAAUCGUGCAACAUCUGAGAACGAGUUUCUCCGAAGAGAAGACUUUGAUGAAUCUUCCGAAACUACUUCUUGGGGUGACUCUGUUUGGAGACAUCACUAUAUAUGAUGAUUUCGAAGAGGUUGCGACGUUGAACAAGCUAGUAGACCAGGUGACGUUACUGGCCUUCAAUGAUGUUGAAGACGGUGCCGGUCGUACACAGUUGGUGAGCCCACUGUAUGGUAAAAAAGUGAAAACAUUCCCGGAGGACGCAGGCUCUGCCAAGAAGCCCAGCACAACUCAAGCUACAGAAGACACACAUGGGAUCUACCAUCAGAACGAUAACAUUGCCUUGCGCUUCAAUUCAUCGUCUGACUCAAAGGCGGCGACUUCCCAGAUUGCCGAUACUACCGCGGAAAACAAGAUUAUGGACAAACAACAAACUGACGACUGGACGUAUAUAAAUAAUCUUGUCUCAGAUUUAAGCCAGGUCUACAGCUCUGUCUCCUCUGGUACCACGGAAAGGAGCGUCCCAAAAAUGUCCAAGCGCGCUACAGCAUCAAGUGCUGAGGUCAAUCUGCACGACUCACUCAAUGCGUUGGUAACCCACGGCGUGGACAAGUCUAAGAUCAAUGCAGGGAUAACUCUAAUAGGUCACAGCUACAGCCUGGUAAGUGAGGACCAUCAUGGCAUCAACGCUUCUACACUGGGACCUGAAGAGUUAUAUCAUAAAUCUGGGCAAGUCUAUUUCUCGGACAUGUGUAAAAUUGAUUCUGGUGUAAAAAUGACGGCAUCUCCAGAAGACAGUACACCUUACUGGUACCGCGGUCAAGUCUGGGUCAGCUACGAAGACGUCAAGAGUAUCCAACAGAAGGUCAACUACCUGCUGGACAAUCACAUCGGAGGGGUCAUGGUGCUCUCGCAGUCCGAGGACGACUCUACCGGCCGGUCCUGCGGCGGAGAACAGUUCCCCGUGUCCAGAAUGGUCUACGACAUGAGUAACGUGGCUCAGGGGCUAGGCCACUACUCGUACUCUUUCCCGUGGGUGGAGUACUGUGGCUCGGGAACUGUCUCAGGAGACAGCAGGCAUCUCUUCUAUCAGUGUUUGACUCUGCUCUUCCUUACCUCUAUAAUCUACUAUAGUAAACUCGUACUUUAGUGUCCCAACUUCUUACAUACAGUCUAUUUUUUUUCUUCUGUAAUCGACUGUCCUUUAUGAGGAGGUAACCUUACAAGCAAUAGAAAAGAAGAAUACCAAAUCUUAUCUAAGGGGAAAUAACCGCUAAUUAUUGCCAUUUAUCUGAAAAUUAAAGGGGUUUGUCUCCCUUUCUGUUAAAUAUUAAAAUAAAAAACUUAGUACUAAAUGAUUAAAUAACUGGUUAACUUUUUGAUUGAUUCGUGUAUCUUUAUUAACUAUGAAUAAUUAUGCAAAAUUUUAA